UGUGAGUGAGAACUAAAUACAGAAAGAAGUGAUAUUUCCUGCCACACUGCUGUGCCAGUCUUCUGAGAAAGGUACACAAUACUCUGAGAUUAAAUGACAGAGCAAUACGCCUUGCUUAAUCCUGGGGAAGAUAACGAAAUGGAGCUGUUUGGAUACAAAACUGUCAGAUGGCGACAAGCUCUCUCUAUUAUUGGAUAUUUCUGUUCUCUUGGGUUUCUACGAAUUCUCUUUUACUGGAAGCCAGAAGUUGAUGUUUGGUGUCAGUGUACUCCUUGUACCUUGGAGGAAGCUAAUGUUGUAUUACUUAGAACCACUGAUGAAUUAAGGCAAUACUCAAAGAAGAAGUUAAUCGAGAUUUACCCUCACAUACCAGGAGGAAAACCAGACCACCAUAUACUCACUAAUAAAAACUCCAUCUUGAGCAAAUCAUUAAUAAAAAGCGAAGGAAAGUUUCGGUGUGUGAAAGUACAAAAAAUUCGUUAUGUGUGGAAUACAACUGAGAGGAGGUUUCAGAGAACUGGAAUUCUGGAGGAGGAGCUUUCUUGCUUAGAUAUACACACACAGUUUGGUUCUGGUCUAACCCCUGAAGAGCAAGAGAUUAGGAAACAAGUUUGUGGUCUUAACACGAUUGAUGUGGAAAUUAAGCCAAUUUGGGUUUUGCUCUUCAAAGAGAUUUUUAAUCCAUUUUAUAUCUUUCAAGCCUACACUUUAUGUAUGUGGAUUUCUUGCGGCUAUUUAGAAUACAGCUUUGUCAUUUUAGCCAUGACUAUUUUAUCCAUUAUCGCAACUGUAUAUAAUCUGAGAGUGCAAUCAGUAAAACUGCACAAAAUGGCCAAGUCCUCUAGCAGUAUUAUGGUUAAAGCUCUUCGAAGAAAUGGAGAGCUUGAAGAAGUAAAAUCGAAGUGUUUGGUCCCAGGAGAUGUAAUUAAUCUAGCAGGCAAUAAGCUGUUCUUACCUUGCGAUGCAAUUUUAAUUAAUGGAGGCUGCACCGUAAAUGAAGGAGCAUUGACAGGGGAAAGUAUUCCGGUCACAAAGAUCCCCUUACCUCACACAGAGGGCACUGUGCCAUGGAAACUCCAGUGUGGAGAAGACUACAAGAGACACGUUCUGUUUUGUGGAACAGAGGUCAUUCAGACAAAGGCACAUGGUCCGGAUCUGGUAAAGGCUGUUGUACUACAAACUGGAUUUAAUACAGCAAAAGGAGAUCUGGUGAGAGCCAUUCUGUAUAACAAGCCUGUAAAUGUAAAGCUACAUAGAGAGGCCAUUAGGUUCCUUCUUGUACUUGUGGGAAUUUCUUUGUGUGGAGUUAUAUACACAGCCGUUAUCUACACACUUAAUGGGGCCACCAUACAUAAUACAGUGCUGAUGUCAUUUCUAAUGUUAACCUUAGCGGUUAAUCCUGCACUACCGGCUUCUCUGACGCUGGGUCUUCUCUAUGCUCAGACAAGGCUGAAGAAACUGGGAAUAUUCUGCAUUAGCCCCCAAAGGAUCAAUAUUGCUGGGCAACUGAACCUUGUCUGUUUUGAUAAAACAGGUACUCUAACAGAAGAUGCUUUAGAUUUACAUGGUAUUGCUCCUUCUGAUGGAGGCAGCUUUCAGGAUAUACAUUUAUUCACCUCUGGAGAAACCUUACCAUGGGGACCUGUGCUUGGAGCUAUGGCAAGCUGCCACUCUCUCAUUAUGCUGGAUGGGGAGAUACAAGGAGACCCACUGGACAUAAAGAUGUUUGAAGGAACAGGCUGGAAACUUGAAAACCAUCCAGCUGAUGGAACAAAGGGAGGAGAAACUAUUUCAUGUACACUGGUAAAACCAGGACCCAGAGCUGGGAAGGUGCCUGUGGAAGGGAUCACAAUUUUGCAUCAGUUUCCCUUUUCCUCUUCCCUUCAGCGCAUGUCAGUUAUUGCACAGAUUACUGGAGAGACUGACCUCACAGUGUUUAUGAAGGGCGCUCCUGAAAUGGUUGUUAAGUUCUGCAAACCAGACACAGUGCCACAAAACAUAUCUAAGAAACUUGACUUCUAUACAGCACAAGGCUUUCGAGUCAUAGCACUGGCACAUGGAUUUCUACAGAAGGAAGGGUUACUAGCCAUUCAGCACAUGGAACGGGAAUUUGUAGAGGCAGAUCUUAUAUUUAUUGGAUUGUUAAUUAUGGAAAAUCGUCUUAAGCCAGAAACAAACGCAGUGCUUCAUGAACUCACUGAGGCCAGGAUAAGAAAUGUGAUGAUUACAGGGGAUAAUCUGCAAACAGCUCUCAAUAUUGGGAAGAACUGUGGCAUGGUUUCUAAAACAAGCAAAGUUAUCGUAAUUGAAGCUACUGAACCUCAAAAAGAUGUUCCAGCAUCAAUCACUUGGAAAACCUUGACUGAGAAUCAAGAAAAUGGACACCAAACAAAUGAUUCAUACUUUGGCUCCAAGGAUAGAUGGAACAGUAGCACACUGGUGCCUGGAGCCUUUCACUUUGUAAUGAAUGGAAAAUCCUUUCAGAUUAUAAUGCAGCAUUUUUACGACUUAGUGCCAAAGAUACUUCUCAAUGGGACCAUUUUUGCAAGAAUGACCCCACUGCAAAAGUCCAGCCUUAUUGAAGAAUUUCAAAAACUAGAUUACUAUGUUGGAAUGUGUGGAGACGGAGCAAAUGAUUGUGGGGCUCUUAAAAUGGCCAAUGUUGGAAUCUCCUUGUCUCAGUUAGAGGCUUCUGUUGCUUCCCCUUUCACAUCGAAAAUCCCAAAUAUUGAAUGCGUGCCUCUACUAAUCAAAGAAGGACGAAAUGCUUUAGUUACUUCUUUCUCCAUGUUUAAAUUCAUGACAUUGCUGACCAUGAUUGUACUGACUUCUGUAGUGUUUCUGUUUUGGAGACAAACACUUUUGAGCAGUGCUCAGUACUUAAUGCAAUCUAUAGCGAUCAUCACUUCAUUCUCCUUAACAUCAAGUCUAAAUGGCCCUGCCCCAAAGUUAGCCCCAUUCAGGCCUCCUGGACAACUUCUGUCCCCUCCUUUGUUGCUCUCUGUUUUCUUGCACUCCUUAUUCACCAUUGCCUUGCAGACUACUGCAUUUGUUCUCCUUCAACAACAGCCAUGGUAUAAUGAACAUGAUGUUUUCAGUGCAUGUUCUCCGUUAAAUCACAGUUCAGAAAAUGGUACAACAAGACUGCCUCGAUUUUCUGAGAAUUAUCUAGCAACUACAGAGUGGAUUGUAACUGGAAUGAACUUCAUUGCCAUUGAAUUUGUGUUUUCUAAAGGAAGACCAUUCAGGCAACGUCUUUAUACUAACUAUUUACUGUCCAUCAUGAUUACUCUACAAGUGGCUGUCUAUUUAUUUUUCCUUUUUGCUGAUAUUGAGUCAAUUUAUACAGCUUUUGAGAUGGUUUGUACUCCUUUUAACUGGCGAGUUUACAUUCUUAUUAUGGUUCUGGUGCACUUUAUUGUCUCCUAUUUUGUGGAGGAAGGAUUCAUUGAAAACAGAACACUGUGGUUACUGCUGAAAAAACUGUGUAAGUACCAAUCAAAAAGCCAAUAUAAGAAACUGCAGAAGAAAUUAGAGAGGGACACAGAGUGGCCUCGGCAGAAUGGAAAGGACUAUGCAAUGAAGUCUACCUUUGAGCUGGACAGCAAAAUCAUGAUUUUCACUAACGCAUCUUAUCAACCCCAAGCUCAGGGAAAAGAGUAAACUUUUCAUCUCUCAACAGAAAAGCAAAAGGGUCUUAAAUGAUUGCACUAAAUCUAUACAAACUGAAGAGGAACCUUGAUCAACUGUCUGUAAAAAAUAGUGAUUAGUUAUGUAACUUGUGUAUGUCAUAAUAUGUAACUGCUUUCAGUAAAAUAUGUUUUAUCUUCCUUAUUAAUAAAUUGUUGUGCAAUUGCCCAUCUUUGUUUGUAAUAUAUACAUUACUUGGGAUGCCCAUGUCCGAAGAAACCCAUAUUUC